UACAGAGGUGCAGUCAUUAUAAGAGCAGACUCACUCAGUGCAAGUCUCAACAGAGAGCUGAAAAGAGAGGAAGGUGGCAGCAGUUUUAUCCUGGAGCUAUUUAGUUUUUAUCCAUGCACAGUGGACGAUUCUGCAAAGCAAGAAAUGGACUCUUCUGCUGCAAAAAUACUCUUCAAAACUCAAGCCCCACAACAAGACCAAGAACUCAGCUGCCUCUGAAACCUCUCUACAAGGACUAGGUCUUCCUUCUUGGUAUUUCUGAACUUUUUCUAUUUUAUUUUUUUCUCUCUUUGGUCUCCGUCAAUGAUGAUGAACGCACCAAACACAAGAAAUAGGUCUCCUUUCACUCCAACUCAGUGGCAAGAGCUUGAGCAUCAGGCUCUCAUUUACAAAUAUAUGGUCUCAGGUGUUCCAAUCCCACCUGAACUCAUUUAUUCUGUCAAAAGAAGCUUGGAGUCUUCUUUGGCUUCCAGGCUCUUUCCUCACCAACCUGUUGGGUGGGGUUGUUUUCAGGUGGGUUUUGGCAGAAAAGCAGACCCAGAGCCAGGGAGGUGCAGAAGAACAGAUGGGAAGAAAUGGAGAUGCUCAAAGGAGGCGUUCCCGGACUCCAAAUAUUGUGAGAGACACAUGCACAGAGGCAGAAAUCGUUCAAGAAAGCCUGUGGAACUUGCUUCGACCGCAACUUCGACGACAGCUACAGCUACUGUAACAAAUCCUUUACCAUCAAUCAACAGAAACCUCUCCACCCCAACUUCUCCUUUUGCUUCCUCUUACUCUUUCUCUCCUCUUUCUUCAACUAUGGAGCCUGAAAUCCCCGUCUAUCAAAAUCCUAGCCAAAGCUCCAUCCUUAAUCCCUUCCUUUACUCUCAUUCUUCAUCAUCUUCUAGACCUCCUGGUUCUGGUUUUUCCCCUCAAAAUAGUGCUACCCAUAACUUGUUUUUGGACGCUGGCUCUUCUUCUCAUGCAGAUAAGGAUUAUAGAUAUUUUCAUGGAAUGAGGGAGGUUGUAGAUGAGAGAGCUUUCUUCCCUGAAGCUUCAGCAGGGAGUGCAAGAAGCUCACAAGAUCCAUAUCAGCAAUUGGCAAUGAGUUCCUAUAAAGGCUACUCUCAAUUACAAUUUCAACGCUUAGCUGAUACUUCAAAACAACAAGAAGAAGAUCAGCAGCAUUGCUUCGUUUUGGGUACUGAUUUUAAGUCAUCAUCUACAAGACCAAUCAAAUUAGAAAGAGAAGGUGAAACCCAGAAACCUUUGCACCAUUUCUUUGGUGAGUGGCCACCAAAGAGCACAGACUCGUGGCUGGAUCUUGCACCCAGUUCAGGACUGCACACAGCGGAUAGUUGAUAUCUUUCUAGUGUGGCCAAAAGAGUACUAUAUGCUGGUGGGUGAAGAUGCUGCUUUAGAUGUUGAAAUUGUGGCUAGGGUAACAUCUUUUUUUUUGAAAUGUUGAUGGGAUUAAUAAUUGUAAGGAUAUACAGGAGGAUUCCUGUAUUCUGCUUUCUGGAACAUUAAAUUGAUCUCUUUCCCUUGAAAGAAACAUGUUUGGAAUUUAUAGAGACUGCUUGUUUGACUGGAAG